CUGUGCUUUUUGAUCCUCUUAACUGCACUUUGCCACAAAACACAGAGAAACGGUAACCUAAAAGGGUUUCAAUGUGCUAUAUAUCCUCGGCUCUGACUGACAGCUGGCCCAUGUGCUGACGCUGGGGAUUUUGGAGAGCUUCCCAGCACCCAGAAGUGGAAUGUGAUUGUGCUCUGGGAUCCGGGCCAGGAGCCCUUUGUGUGUUUCAGUGCAGAAACCUUCAUCCCUACAGAGAACCGGUCCCCAGGACAACUACUGGGCUUUCAUCACUGUUAAUGCUGCAAUUAUUUUGGGGCUUGCUGGUUGAGAGAAAGAGGAGGGAAAGACAAGAGGAAGUUACAGUUCUCUUUGGAAGGAGCGAUACACUGCUUUCCCUUUGUUAUAACCUUGUCCGAGGCUUGGAUCAGACAGAGUACAAAUCCUGGAGUACCAUAUAACGGAGUCGAAGGAGAGUCAAUUAUAGCAGCAACGUGACACACAAUAAUUUCAAUUUCUCAAAGAAAAAAAUGACUGCUUCCUCCGCCACGAGGGUCUUCAUGUUAUCUCUGGUGUCAAUUCCAGUGAGCUAUCUCUUUAAUUUCUUAUCCGCGAACUGCAGCCCCUGGACCAUUCUCAUUGUUGGAUUCUUGAUCUUGAUCUCGGUUGCAACAAUUGCCUUUUUUCUGGCGAGGAAGAAACCACCGAAGGAUCCUUUAUUCUACCUUUAUGCAGUCUUUGCGUUUACCAGUGUGGUGGACCUUAUAGUUGGACUUGAACAAGAUGGACUUAUUGAUGGAUUCAUGACUCUUUACUUGAAGGAGGGUGAACCUUACCUGAGCACAGGCCAUGGACAUAUGAUUUGCUACUGGGAUGGUUCAGCACAUUACUUAAUGUAUCUCCUGAUGGUAGCAGCUAUUGCAUGGGAGCAGAGUUACAGAACCAUUGGGUUAUACUGGGUUGGAUCAAUUCUAAUGAGUACCUUUGUAUUCUUAUCGGGAAACCUUGUUGGGAAGUAUGGCAGCAAACUUGGUCCAGUCAGCCUCCUGAUUAUACCGUACCUUGUCCUACCUAUGUGGGCUGUUCUCCAGAUUUAUCACCAGCCUCUUGAGAAUGAAUCUGCACCUAAGGCUGUUGAAAUCGUUCAAAAGAAGAACCUGCUACAGAGACCUCUUGAUCUGUUGUUAACCAUAUCCCUCUUUUUUGCGAUUGGAUUCAGCCUCUUCAGAGGAUUGGUCGCUUUGGAUUGUCCGAUCAAGGUGUGUCGACAAUACCUGCAGCUCCAGGAGCCGUACCUGCGAGACCCUGCAGCCUACCCAAAGAUACAGAUGUUGGUUUACAUGUUUUACUCUGUCCCGUUCUGCAUCAUAACCCUUUAUGGUCUCUUUAUUCCUGGAUGUUCCUGGCUUCCUGACUUGGCAUUGCUUCAUGCAGGUGGUCUUGCACAGGCACAAUUUUCACAUAUCGGAGCAUCCCUUCAUUCCAGAACUCCAUAUAUGUACAGAGUACCAGAAGAGGCUCAGCUGAUGUUUCUAAUAACAAAUGGACUCUAUGGCAUCGUGCCACAAUUACUUGCCUACAGAUGUGUGAAUAAACCCGAGUUUUUCUUGAAGAGAAAAGAAGACGCAAAGACAAAGUAAAAAGCAAACUCAGUCAACUAAAUGUUUUAUUUUUCUGUCCAAAGUUGCAUUUUUUGUUAUGCAGAUUCAAUAUUAGAGUAAAUUUCUUAUUAAACAAAUUGUAUCGGUGCUUUGCAAAUGAUUUCUUUUUUCUAUUUUGGUAUUGGUACUGUAUUAUUCCUCCAAGGUUGUUCUUGUGUGAAGUUAGGGAACUGUGUGCAUAAGAAAAAAAAAGUGAAAUAAUUACCAAGAACAAAUGCAUUCAUUUUGCUUUGGAACGAGAGAUUUAGUGGGCGGCACAGUGGUUAGCACUGCUGCCUCACAGCGCCUGAGACCCGGGUUCAAUUCCCGACUCAGGCGACUGACUGUGUGGAGUUUGCACGUUCUCCCCGUGUCUGCGUGGGUUUCCUCCGGGUGCUCUGGUUUCCUCCCACAGUCCAAGAUGUGCAGGUCAGGUGAAUUGGCCAUGCUAAAUUGCCCGUAGUGUUAGGUAAGGGGUAAAUGUAGGGGUAUGGGUGGGUCGCGCUUCGGCGGGUCGGUGUGGACUUGUUGGGCCGAAGGGUCUGUUUCCACACUGUAAAUCUAAUCUAAUCUAAGUCUAAUUUCUGGUCUGAGGUAAAAACAAUGACUGCAGAUGCUGGAAACCCGAUUCUGGAUUAGUGGUGCUGGAAGAGCACAACAAGUUCAGCGAAACUUUGGAUGCUGCUUGAACCGCUGUGCUCUUCCAACACCACUAGUCCAGACCAUAGAUGCCAAACCCAGUCAAUAUCCGUGCUUACAGUGUGUGUAGUGCAAUUUAUUGAAGUAUCAGUUUUGUAUAAUGACAACCAGACAGGAGCUGAGGAGACUUUUUUUUCAGUAAAUUCACAGGAAUUCAAUACAGGCAUUUAUUGAAUUCUAAAAUUGCCCUUGUGAAGGUGGCAAGCUGCCUACAUGAAUACAGUUGUUUCUCUUCAUAAACCAUUUUCCUGGGAUGGUUAAGAAUAAACCAUGUUGUUAUCAAUUUGGAGUCACAUGUAGCCCAGAUUGGGGAAAGAUGACUGAUUUCAUUCCCUGAAGGAUGUUAGUGAACCAGACAUACUUUUAUAACAAUCUAGUCAUUUCAUGGUCACCGUUAUGGAGACUGUGCUUUUUAAUCCAGCCUUAUUUAAUUAAAUCCCUAGCUGACAUGAUGAGUUUUGAACUCUGGAUCGCUGGUCCAGUAAUGUAACCAGCCUGUGUCUUUACCACGUUUUAAUGCUUGUUAUUUGUUACAAUUUUGAAUGCACUUCCUGAAAGGGGUGGUGGAAGCAGAUUCAAUUCUAACUGGAGUUGGAUAAUUACUUGAACUGAGAAUGUUUGCAGGACUGUAGGAAAAGAGCAAGGCCGUGUUGGACAAAUUGGAAGCUCUUUCCAAGGACCAUUCCCAGGUACAAUGGGCCGAUGGAUAACCAGUCUCAUUAGAUUCUGCAAACUUCCCAAAACAGUACAGAUGCUGAUAUUGCAGUGGCAUUAAAUGAAUUAUUGCAAUACAAUCUACAGCUUUGAGUGUGUGCUGCAUGCACUAAUCAUAUAGGUCACUUCUGUGAUAAUUCACAUAGUCAACGUGAAAGCAAUUAUCUGUUUACAAAAGCUGACUUGUAUGGACAGCCCUUCUUUAUUAAACAGAACUGAAAUGAGACUUUGUCUACUAUUUCUCAUCAAAUAUAACAAACUGAUGAAGGAAAUUCUCGAUGUUUUUAGUGUUAUAUGGGGGGAAUUGGACUUUGAGGAUAUCUCUAGCUGGGUGUCCUUGCUUGUACAAGUGGUUUAUAUUGUUGCUGCCUUUGGCUAGAAUUAAAGACUAUUUAAAGUUUUU